AACUCUAUCCACCAUCAGUCAGUCAAGAGCGUCUCACCAAUCGGUCUAUACCAUCAGUCAGCACCGCAAACCGAAUAUAAUGGACAGUACUAAACACACGCGCCUCUUCACGUUCGUGAAAUUAUUAUUAGUGGCAUAUUGGAAAUAAUAUUAAUAAUUGUUCAGUUUAUAUUGGACGACCCAACGGCGAACUUUUUUUUAUUAGUAAAAGAACAAGGAUUUUCAUACAAAAACCGGAUGAUUUUUUUUUCGAUUUUCAAAAACCUUCGAUGGACUGGUGCAAAAAGGAAAUUUUCUUAAAAAUAAUUUAACUAAUGCCAGUAAACAGAAAAUCCCACAGUGAACUUGACGUGUAUUAAUUGUGUGCCUUAAAGACAAUUUUCCUUAGUGAAUUGAUAGAAACAAAUUAUAAAUAAUGACGCCAUCUGUGAUAGUACUUAUAUUAGUGUUUUUAACGUCCGAAUGCUUGUGCGGUUUUCUAAUGUACAAAUAUUCGGGUAAUGUUGACAACAGGCCUAUGUCCAGUAGCAGUCCAUGUCCAGGAAUAUUCCAGUACCAAACUGACAAUAGUGGUGAACUAGUUGGUGUUAUAAGGGUAGAACCUGCAGACCAUAGCGGAUCGGUAAUUCAACUGGAUGUGGAAUUAUCAGUAGGAAAUAGUGUGCAUGGAUACAAUGGCAAAAUAGUAUUAGCAGAAUCAAGAGAGAAAGUCAUAUCAGAUAUUUUCAAUAGGAAGCCAAUCUUCUACAGGGUAUAUUUUCCUCAGUGGCAAGGAAUCCCACCUAAAGUUACUAAAAUUGCAGUUAAUGGAAACCUCAUAUGUAGUGGACCUAGAAUACCAAUUCAUCUCGUACCUGUACUCACCACCAUCAACAUCCAACACAAACUCAGCCUAGGCGUGACGCCACUGAUCUCAAACUCCGACCCUACCGUCGAAGGUACCUUCAACAACAUAGCUCCUAAUACCGGAGGUAACAACUUUCUAAUUUAUAUAUGGCGAGGACAACUAACCCCUAACUAUAACAACCCACCACCACCACCACCACCUCCUCCUGAAAACUACCCUAUCGACGUGAGAAGAGACACAAGUAAUAACGAUCCUACCGUAGAAGUGUUGGAGAUAGACGCCGAGAGUGGCAGAGUUGACAAUAGUAGGAAUCGGCCGAAAGGACCGAAUCGACAUAAGUUCAACCCUAAAGGACCUCGACCCAAGAUUGAAUACGGUUCAUCUGGAGAUCCUUGGGUACCCCCAGGUCUACGUCCAGGUCCACCUCCAGGGCCACCUCCAGGUCCACCUCCAACAGACCCACCCCAGCAGUCACCUGGAGGGAAUCCAAACCAGGCUUUUCCUCAAAAUCCGUUUUUUGUCGGGCUUUCCACACCAGAACCUACCGAUGAUACAUCAAUACAAAUUGAUAACAAUCCAUUCUUGAAUUCGAGAACUUCGCAAAGACCCGUUCUAUUCGAGCCCAAUAGUGUACCUAGUUCAACUAGCAUACCAGAUAUACCACAGCGAGGCAGACCAAAUGGCAAUGCUUUGGAGAACAUCGAAAACAUUUGCGGGCGACCCAUAGCUACAAACUCUCUGGUAGUUAACGGUCACUCAGUACCCAGAGGAGCUUAUCCGUGGCUGGUAGCUAUUUUCCGUCAGUUGGAAAACGUCAGUCUCAGCUACAUAUGCAGCGGGUCGCUUAUUUCCAACAGACAUGUGGUGACUGCCGCCCAUUGUGUGAAGUUGGAGACUAGGAGAAUCAAACCGAAUGAACUGUUGUGCGUAUUCGGAAAAUUAAAUAUAAGAAAAUGGGUUACAUCUGCUGGAGAAAAAAUGCUGGAACCCGAAUCUAUAAUUGUUCAUCCUGAUUACGAGACAGGAUCAGCAAACGCCGACAUAGCAGUCCUAACUUUCCCAGAUCCAAUACAAUUUAACAAGCUCAUAAGACCAAUUUGCUUAUGGUCAGGUCCAAGUGACUUAAACAUAGUAGUAGGCAAAGAAGGCAUUGUUGUUGGAUGGGGAAAAGAUGAAAAUGGAGACAUCAGCACUGCAGAGCCCAGACAGAUUGGUUUGCCCAUUGUAAGCCAAGAAAGCUGUUUAAGAAGCGACAAAAAUGCAGGAGGUGCAUUCCUCCACAUCACAUCUGACAAAACUUUUUGUGCUGGCUAUAGAAAUGGAACGGGACCAUGCAACGGAGACAGCGGUUCCGGAUUUUUGAUGAGAAAAGACGGGGUGUUCUUUUUGAGAGGGAUCGUUUCCACAGCCCUCUCCGAUGCCACUCAUCGUUCCUGCAAUUUGCUAGAAUACGUAGUUUUUACAGACGCCAGUAAAUAUCUGGACUGGCUUCUGUCGGUUAUUAGAUAGGAAAUAAAUACAUUUUUACAAAUAAUAA